AUGAACAUUAUCUCUGUAAGCGAUUUCCCAACUUGUGUGAUUACUAGGGGCACUUUCGCGAAGAAAAUCAAGCGAGGGAAAGCUGAUAUGCGGAAUCGUGAAACACGGUCAUGCAGAUUUGCGGACAAGCCCCUAUCGCCUAAUGACACGGUUGUGAAAACGCCCGAGGUGAUCCCCUACGUCGCCAGGUCUGUUGCCACGCGGCCUGGAACGCGAAGGCCAUUGUCGGACCCUAACGAGCCUCUGAAACCACCUCAGGCUCUUUACCGAUCUUUUAACAUUAGGAAAAAUUUUGACCUCCUCAUGGGAAAAUAA